CUUUUUAGUUUUAAUGCCAUUUCUCCUUCAUCUCCUCAUCCUCAGGGAUCUUAUUCUAUUGUUGGAGCCUUGAUCUUGUUUACUUGUCUUUGUGAGAUGAGGGCAGCAACGGUUCAAAAGGUAUUUAGUACUGUAAUAUAGUUUACAACUUCUUAGCAUAUAUCAACAAUCCAACCGGAAUUCUUUGUUUUAAGCUCGAGAAUGCUAUAAGAAAGGCUUCAAAUUUUCGUCUCGUCAGCAGGCUAUGACUUUUGUCAUCAGUAGUGCUUCAAUUUGUUCGAUGAUCAUGACUACCGUAAGCCGAUCAGUCACGAUAGUCGCCGUAUUUCGUUUGCUUUUGUGUGUUACUUUUUAAAUUCUUUUAUGGGCCAGGUCAAAAAAAUAUAUCAAUUGAAAGUAAUUGGUUUGGCAACUGAACAGUGAAGAAAAUUCAGAGAGAGACAAAAACGUACAGAACUGAAAAUGAUUAAACAGACUUGAACAGAUUGCACUUAGACUGCAAAAUAGGCCCAGACAUACAAAUAUCCGGAUAUUUUUAAGAUAUUUAGAAGAUUUUGAGACAUUUAGAAAAUCUCAUAAACAGGGGCCGCGAGGAAUCGGUACGUAAAGUACGAAAUGGUUAGGAUGACGUAAAUACAGAAAAUCCCGAAGGGACCCCUCAGGUAGAUUUUGUGACAGUUUAUUAUGCAGUCAUACUUCGAUAUUCAUUUGCGUUACGUGUUAUCAGUGACAUUCUGUGGAGCAGUUGUUUUGAAAGUUAUGGGCCAAAUUAAAAGACACUCGUUAAGCGCAGAUGAAGUUAUAAGGUGCGUACUGUUUAUAUAUAAACACUUGGAGAGUUUGCCAGAAACGAGUUCACGAAUCGUUUAUUGGAAACCUUGCCAGACACUCUUUCUCUCUCUUUGACUGGAAUAAGACUCAGCCCCAAACACGCAAGACGAGUGAGCAACGGCUAGCUUAUCACUAGAAGAACGAUGAACGGUUACAGACAUUCGCCGACAAUCAAAUUGUGUCGUGACUUAUUCCCUGCUCACAGAUGUCCUUCCGCUAUAAAGUUUAAAAUAAGACUAGAAUGCGCGAGCGUGAAUUGAUCAAACGUCCUUUUAAUUUCUAAGGCUUACUUUCCGGCAAAUAAAAUGAACUGAAUGUAAAAAGUGAAAGAGAAAUAGCGAAAAAUUCAACUUCUAAUUAAAUCUUUUCUUAUGGUUUAGAAUAAACUAUUCUCGAAACUGAGAAUGUUUUGAUCAAAGCUGUGUAAAUCGAACUGAAACUGUGCAUGGAACCUUGCGUUUCCUGUAUUUAUCUCACCUAUUGUAUGGAAUAUGAGUGAAAAUCUUAAUUCACUAUGAAUUGGUAUAUUUCAAAGAGCAACACAAUUAACGAGCAAGAAUACUAUUAACUGACAAUAUACAGAAAGGGGGCAGCUGUAGUGUCAAAUAUUACUAGUUGUAGUCAAAUUCCUUUUAAAAAUAACCACUUUCAAAAAAAAAUUAAUUCUAAUAUACAAAUAUAAAAUACAAAGUGAUUAAUAUUAUAGCUUGGGCAUAAGGCGCUCUCGAAAGUGCCCAAAAGAUUGUUAGCCUUCAGCAGGCUUUACACAUAUAUUAUCGCACAUGGCGUUGAAAUGUGAUGAAAGAUGAGAAAUUUCAGCCGUCUUUGGUCGAUAAAAAAGUCUUCAAAAUGUGGGUACUUCUGGGGUACUUCUUAGCCUGUACAAUAUUCAGGACUUCAUUUUGCUGUCUUGAGGUCCACAUUUGGAAGUCUUCAGCAUAUAUUCCAAAAUAUCUUGAAUAUUCAUGAUCUUAUUGUGGGUCACUGAACACUAUGUGUUGCGAAGACUAAGUGAAACGUUGAAAAUAAAAUGUUUCUAUAGGUGGUUUUCACGUUACGUCAUCGCCGCCAUGCUGGUGGACGGUAAACAAAAGAUCGCUCAUUGGCUCGCUUUGUUUGUACACCAGCAUUUGUUCAUUUCACCAUUGUUAUUUGUGUCUCCCGAGAUUGCAUGAAAACCACCUAUAUGGCUGAACGUCGCUCUUAAGCGAUUGCAAAUCGGAGAAAUCGUGACAUAUAACAAAAUAAUGCAAUUUUGUUACUUUUAUUGGAACACAAAUGAGAAAAAAGCCGACGACUCUUAUUUCACGAUGGAAUCUGCCAUGACUGCGAUAUUGCGUGAUGCUUCUGGAAAAAUGUAUCAUGGGAUACUAUUCGAUCGUCGUCUGGGUCACGUAUCACACUCUACCGAGCUUGUACGUAUGUGUUUGGCUUGUCAACACUUUGAAUUCAAAAGCGCCGAAUGGAUCUCCGACAAUCUGCAUGUGAUCUCCAGCUGAUAUUUGCGAACAAUGGGAAAGAAUUUAUCUGUCGGUUCAGCAGACGUCAGUGGGGCAGGAACGCGUGACGAACCCCUAAAGAAUAUUGCCAAACGGACAGUCCGUAUUUUUAGCGUCUCUUCCCAGUCUCGCUCUCCGUUUUCAGGCUCACUCCAGGCCUUUUGUUUGACUGUUCGCGCGUACUUGAAUACACCCUUCUUUUUUUAUAAGAAUGUUGGUUUUCCGGCCCAGGCUGAAUAUUCUUAUUUUUCUGCCGAUUUUAGGCUGAAAAUACUCUUGUAUUAUUCUUAAAUUAUAGCUUAUGACAUUUCCGUUUUAGAAUUUAUUGGGGUAUCAAUCACAAGUGUUUGGUAUCUAGAUCUGUAUCGCGUUACAUUGUGCACGUGCUCCAUCGCUUUUCGUUGCAGAUGUCACGUCAAACGACACUUGGCCGUUUUGGGUUUAAAAAAAGCAUUUCGCACAGAAAUAGCAUGAUGGAAACGAAAGUACCCGAUUUUGUUUCAACUAUGUCAAGGACAAUUAAGUGUAAUCACUGCAGUAAACUCUUUGUUAACCAGCAAAGGUUGUCUGUACAUGAGAAAUGUGUGCAUGGUGUUUCUACAGAUGCUUCAACACACAAAAUUAUAUCUAUCCUUUUCAAAAUCUCAGCCUCGGCUUUAUUCUUAAAAUAUUCUUAAAAUUUCGCAAAUUUCAGCCUCGAUAUUCUUAUAAAAUAUAUUCUUAUAAAAAAAAAAGAGUGUACGCAAAAAUACGGACUGUUUUGCAGUCUAGAUUGCACUCAGGUAAAUCAAAGGUCCUGAGAGACAGCGGCUGACGUUUUUGGUAAAUUUUUAUCAAGGUCAUUUCGAAUUGCUCGUGACCGAAAAAGAAAAAUGAUACAACCAAAUACAUUGGACCUACAGUCUCAGUCGAAAUUGUUGGGACACUUCAUCUUCUUGACCUCGCAAUGUUGAUGUACAAUUUUCGUUGAGUUAUAACUGCGAUAAACAAUAUUGGGAAUGAGAGUCCAGUUCAGUUCAAUUUAUUGUUUUGCCAUAAGGAUGUACAAAAAAAAGACCACAUACCGUGUAUGAUUUUUGUAUGUUGUUUGAGCGCCUCACAUCCAAUGAUUCUGUUUUUUAUCCAUUUCUUUUGUAUGCGUCGCCAACUGAAAUAAAUGUCGCGACAUGAACCUUUGCGACUACGGUAUCGUGAACUUUGCCAUUUCGGUGUUUGUAAGUGUUUUAAGCAUGGCAGACCUUGGUACUUUGAGUAACCUGAAGCAACCCCCAGUCUACGUACCAUCCCUGUGGACCUAGUCCCUAGACCCCUUCGUCCAUGGACUACCCCUGUUGACCACCCCUAAUUUUUGAAGAUGAAUUUUACCAGAAGUCUAAAUGAAUUCUCCAACACAGACGUUUUUAUGUGUCGUCGUGUUGCAUACCCUCCCCAGACUUCCCUUCCCGUGAUGGCCCAUGGAAACGGCUUUUCAAUGGCAAACUUUGGCCCUGUCCACACGUCUCCGUAUUCGUUUCAAAACGGAACUUUUUUUCCCCGCUUUCAAAAAAAUUCGCGUCAACUCGUAGCGUUUUCACCCGUCCACACGUUUACGAUGAAUCGAUUUUGAAAACGAUAACUUACCCGACUGCGCAUGCUUGACGUAUACGUAUUCGCUAUUAUGAGCCUGCGAAAUAAUAAAUUGGCGCCACCUUUAAAUUUCUUUGGUGAAGGGUUUAUAUUGUUGUGACGUUCUUCAAAGUCGAAGGAACAGUUUGAAAUGUCAAAAUCAGGGCGAAAACAAAGUCAAAUUAAAGGGAGAUCCAACCUUCCGCCUCUAGACACCGGUAGCGAAAGUAACCCGAUAGUGUUCUGCCGGCUCCUGGAAUAAUCAACUUGAAGAAUUAACAAAGCUAAUUUGCUUGAAAACAAGCAAUUAGGUUAGAAAUAAGCUCAAGUAUGAAAGACAAGAAAGGGAAGCGUCUGUCCGCCAUCUUGAAUAAGUUUCUAAUAUUGCGCGGAGUGGAUUGGAAAAGAUUCUGUGUCCUCAGCGUUUUCAAAAAGUUACGUUUUCGUCUGUCCACACGAACACGCGCAAACAGCGUUUUCAAAAAGUUCCACUUUGGAGAGCGUUUUCGAAAAGUUCCGUUCUCAAUGAUCGUUUUCAUCGGAUAUUUGUGGACGGAAGCCGUACCCGUAAAGAAAAAGUUGCGGAUACGUGUGGACAGGACCUUAUCAAGAGCCAUAAUGGCUCUUGGCCUUAUUCACUCCUGCUUACGGAUCAAGCACAAAAUGACCCAAAACGGAAACUCGUGAUCCCGCUAAAAUAAUGACAUAAUUUCCUUAAGCUUUGUGUGAUUGUGUAGGUAUAAAUUUCCAUUUGUUUAUCCUGAACACAGAUCUUUAAAACGCAACGAAAAGUUACUACAGAAAGUUUUAAGCUCCAUAUCAAAGAAGGAAUGGCCAGAUUUGAUGAGACCAUUGUAGUCGACGAGGAAAACGACAUUGAAUAUUUCAAAGUACCAGCUCACAAUGAAUUGUCUGAGAGUGACAACUUGUACGACUUCAAAAUGGUGAGAAAAUAAGUUUUAAUGCACUUUUACCACGAUUUUUCCUAAAGCCUUAGAAAUAUGUAAUUGUACGUUUUCCCUUUUGCACACAAGAAAAUGGACAAAAUGGAGGACGUAGUAAGUAGUAACUCGUGCCGUAAAUUUUAUAAGCUAAUUAUAAUGGUCUUUUCUUUUUUUCUUUCCUUAUUUGUGAUAGUUUGCGGCAGCGAGGCGCGAUAUUUUAUCAAACCGUGCGCCCGAGUUAUUUCAUCCUAGGUAUUUCGAAAAACGGACCUCUGGAGCCAGGGCACUCUCUGCUUAGCAAAUGAUUUAUUUUUACUCUCAGGAAAAGAAAAACGUUAAAUUCAGCCGUUCUUGUAACUUCGUUUUGUUUUCUUUUGUCUUUUUUAACCAACAGAAUAUUACAGUAAGUCGAGUGAAAAGUGAUGGUGUUUGUCACAUAACUCCGCUGCCACAAGACCUGCCACGACCAAACAUUUUAUCAAGAGGGUUUAAAACGGUAAAAUUAGGACAAAAAAUAAAUGCAGUUAAUAUCUAAUAAUAAAGCGCGUAAAUUAGACAGGAAGACAGGUUAACGCGGAUCGGUGGAAUAACGAUUUCUUGAAUUGGCUGAUACUUCAUUUACCAUUACCCCUUUGCCGAAGACCACCAUGCGGCGAAAAUUUAUUGGACCGGUUUUCGGCCAAUAAAAAGAUGGGAACGACUAAAAAUAGGGCAUGUUGUCAACUAAUUAAAUGUAAUUACGCAGCUUUUGUGUGGUUUUAGCUGCCGUUUAAUUAUCUAACCUGCAGUUCAGACGUUUUCUUUGGGCGCGCGAAUGUUUUAAUUUGAUCGCGAAAGCGCCAUAUUGAAACUCCCGAGGAGAGGAGGAAAUAAGGCGAGUCAAAGGGAGUGGGGAGGGGGCGGGGAGAGAGAAGAGAAAACGGGGUAUUUUUUUUCUCCCCUCCUCCUUCCCCCUUUCCUUCUUUCGCCCUUGCACCUACCCCAGGGGUUACUAUUUCUACUCUCCCCAAUCUUCCUCUGUCAUAAAGUCAAAGAUGGUGGCUACAACAAUACAAACAUGAACAAGGUUUGGCCCACCCAAAAUACGCCUCUACUGCAGGCUACCCUUUAUGCGACUGAAGACCAGUUCCUGGUUGUUCAAACGUUGGAUAGCGCUAUCCACCGGAUAAAAAUCUAUCCAGUGCAUAACGCAAUUGGUUUCCCUAAUACUUUUCCGCUGGAUACUAAUUUAUCUGGUGGAUAGAGCUAUCCAACGUUUGCACAACCGGGGCCAGACGUAUGUCGUCAAAUGUUGUCAUGCAGCAUGAGUAAAUAAGCCGGUAAUUCGGGAUGACCGACGAAACGUGGAGGUUAUCGAGGAGUUUUCAUCGACGAGUGCGACGUCUUUUCAUGUUAGACGACAAGUUUGUUCGAUGCUCUUUGCAGAAUGACUUAGGAAGUGGCUAGACCGCUCAAAGAGUAGGUAGAAACAAUCGACUAUGUCUCGUGUUUUCCCCGCACCUCUUUCGUGCUCUAUUUGAUGCUCUAGCCGCUUUGUCCGUGCUUACAACAGACCAAAGCCUAGUCAAAGCUUCUUUAUUUGUUAAAUAUUGCCUCCUUGACACUUUCUUUAAAACAUAUUUGGACAGAUGUUUUUCUCCUUUAAGAUACCCCUCAAAGAGUAGAUAUCAUUCAUCCAGCAAUAUUUUUUGCAUUAUUUUUCAUUUGUUCCGUUUAGUUUUAGCCAGUUAUUUGGGUAUUUCGUCUUAGGAUAAGCAGUGAACGUUUCUACCAUUUUGUUGAGGUCACUCAAGCCAAAACAGCUAAGCUGUCGGACCGCUGCCUGGAAACGAGGUUGCGAUUAUUUUAUAUAUUAUAUUGCCUCAAUCUUCCAAAUAUAGAAAGCACCGACCGAUUUAGAAGCAUUAACCUGGGGGUUUAAGCCAAUCAGAAAGGAAGAAUUAUUUUGAAGGAAUAAUAAUUCGCGAUACUGACGUAGUUUAUUGUUUAUACGCCAAGCUUCAUAGUCUUUUUAGAGCGAGGAAUGGAUAACAGCAAAAGAAACGAUCAUUUCUCGCCUGGCAGGCUAAAAUGUCGACAAAAGACAAGCGACAACUCUUAAGGGUGUGUUCCUUUCGGGGAAUCCAAAAACGGAUUUUUGAUCUGGAAGAUUGCUCCUGGUGCAGUAAAAUAUCCAUGUUGUAACCAUUUGUCGCUAACUGAGAUUGCUUAAAAACACAAAUAAGUAAAAGCAGGGACAAGUGAACUGCUAUCUUUCUACAAACUCGCUUGUAAAAGAGAUGGGCACUCGAUCGUGUUACAUAAAAAAUCCGAGCUACGAAACUGGAUCAAACUGAGCCGGCAACUUUUAGAUAAAUCUCAACUUCAACGCGCUUUUUUCUUGUUCUGUUUGUUCAAUCGUCGCUGUUCGAACUGCCAAAUACAAAAUUUUGCACGGUAUAAUCGCAUAAUUUGUCAAACAGUAGAAAACACGUCAUUUCUGGAGAGACUGCCAUGCAUAUUGCACGCGUUUGCGAAAGGUUACCAAGGUUGCAAAUCCAAUUUCGGAUUUCACGUUCCUUUCGACCGUGAAAUCCGGUAAAUCUCGGAUCAAAAAUCCAUUUUCGGAUUCGCCGAAAGGAACAAAGUGUAUUUCUAUAGGCGUCAUACAUCAUCAUAUUAAUGGAGCAAAUGACUGAUAUUUAGAAAAAUAAACAUCGUCGUUCAAUGUUGCUUAUCACUUAAAAAGUUUUUUACCUUGGACGUUUACAAAUUUCAAAAGUGUAAGCUUCUGUUAAAUCCUGUCAUUAAACUCAAAACCCUUUCGUUACAUACCCGCGCCUUUCAACACUCGAUUAAAAGAAUAUUUCUCCCCAAUUUUCGCUAAAAAUGAAUCGCGUCUUUUGUUUUAGCCUGUAAUUGUAUUGAUUUUAAAAAUUUAUCGAUGCGUUGAAUUUUACAACUUGUACCUAAUCUAUCGUUUCAUCUUUAAAACGUAGCUCGAAAAUUGAGAGGCUGUAGAAAUUUUGCGCAUAACAUUAAUUGUUAUCAGUUGUCUCCUAAUCUAAAAAUUAAAGGAGCUGUGUCACGAAAUUCAGCCAAAGUAGGGAAUUACAAAAUGCCCGGUAAAUUAAGAGAAAAGGAAAAUAAUGCAUCAGUCAAUUCCAGCUGCGCCCAGCCCCCCGCCCCCCGGGCUACUGCGGGGCAUUUGCCCGCCUUGUUAGUCCUGGGGUGGGGCAUUUGCUAAUUUUGCUUUGCCCGGGGGCCGGGCAUUUGCCAACCCCAGGGCCAACCCCGAACUUUUGACACACACGCGGUUUCCUAUCAGAAUAUAAAUACACAGAGGAUUUAACUGGAAAAACAAGCAGAUUGGCUCAUCUGUCAAGGACAGUAAAAAAUUGAAGAGGAUUGUAAAGGCAUGUUCUCGAUUGUAUGCAUGCAUUUCUUAAUUGUUUAUCAAGCCAGAAUUACAUAGCGAAAUCGGGAGCUAUCGAUGUGAAUCGAUAGGUCAUUGAAUCAAAUUUCUGUUGAUACUAUUUGAAGAACAUCCUUUCAUAUUUAUAAAAAUAUCCAUAACAGUUAACUUUACAGCGCACUAUUAAUUUUAAUGUCAAUGAUUUCAUAACAAUACUAAAACCAUAAACUGGUGUCGACACGGUGUGAAGUCUUAAUUAGAAUACCACUAUUACGUUAAUUGAAACAAAAAAUCGCACAUAAAAAUCUUUAAAAUGGCACUACUCGACUGUGCGAUCAAUGAAAAAUGUUGCAGUGUUGACGGGGGACGGAGCAUUUGCCCUCUUUUUUCGUCCCCACCCCAAGGGAUUUGACAGUUCAAAAGUCCCCACACCCGGGAAUUUGCCAUCCAAGGCAAAAAAAAAAAACAUGCUAAUACACGUGGGUCAGCCCGGAGGGGGGGAGCUGGGCGUAGCUGGAAUUGACUGAUGCAUAACUGCUUAAAACAAUAAAGAAAGGUUAAAAUAACACAACAGAUAUAACAGAUGCCACGGAUGGGCAAAACUGAAGAAGAUUGAAACGGAUUGAAAUUAGGGUUUCUGAAAACUGUUAAGCCUAACAGUUGAUCUCUGCUGUUUGCAACUUCAAAAAUAAUGCUCAGGAGACAUAUUUGUUUGUCUCGAAUCUCUGAUUUUGUCAUUUCCAUGUAAUUUCAAUUCCUUGCUGCAUUACUUUAAGUUCCAUACCAGAUUGAGGGCGAGUAAUUGGAAAACUUAAACAAAAUGAACUGGACUGCCGUGACACAGCCCCUUUCAUAUAGCUCGAUUUAAGUAAUUUUCUAAAGGAAUUCACUGGACAUUUAUUUUAUUUCAUAACAUAACUUGAACUUUUCAUCGGUUAUUUCAUACUGAAAUGGUGUAGCAAAGACGGUUGGAGCCGCAUUGCAGAAACGAGAACCAUGUCCACACCAUCCCUUGAACGCUUAUUUUUGUUUUGGCACCUAAUCCAAAUUUGGACUUUGUUUUGUGAGGCAAUUUAGAUCUUUUCUUUUUUCGCUCUCUCUCACACUAUUUUUGUGCUUUCUGUAGCUAACCAAUAUGCCACCAUCUCAUAAGAUUGUAAAGACCAUUCAGCAAUGGAGAAUUGGAGCCAGGGUAGAAAAACAGACCUUGAGACUUGAGGUGCAAGAAUUUUGUGGCCGGUUCCCAGCUUACCGUUUGGAACCAUUCACAUCUGACUCAGUUACUGUGGUCUCUGAAGACGAAGACGGCAUCCGCGCUGGCAAGUCUGGUAUUGUAUUGUAUGCAUUGAACUGAUCAGUUUUGUAAAGAGUUGAAUGUAAUCGAGCAAAUUAAGCAGAGUAGGGUGCCAAAGUAGUGCUUGAACUUUGCCUCAUCAUCUUGAAAAACAAACAACUGGGAAUGCUCCAUCCAUCGAAUGGACUGUCGUUUACGUCAUGAGGGUGGGACAAACGCCUUCAGUCAAGCAUAUAUUUAGACGAAGGUUAACAGAUUAAGAGGGCAAAAAUUUCAAAUUUCUGGAUGUCUUGAAAAUAACCGAAAGAGAAUACAUACAAAUUUGAACUUUACUGUAACGUAUAACGUGACAUGAUAUUACUUCAAUAUAAAGGGACCGGAUUUUUACCGAAAACGAGUUUGAUACUUUGGUCACUUAAUUUAAAUAUCUAAAUUUUGUGCCAAGCAACAUUAACACUUUCUUAUGGUAACAUUUUACACAGCGAGAACAAGACGCCAGACGGGAACGAAAAAAUUUAUCCUCUGUGACAACAACAUCCCUCCAUGCAGUCCCACUCUUUGG